UUGAGUUUAGUUUACGUCGUAUCACAUUCAGCUGAAAACAAUGAAGCAAUUUUUAUUUCUCACAAUUUUGUCAGUCUCGCUAUUCGCUCAGGUGACCGUUAGUGAAGAAUUGACGUUCUCUGACUUGCUCAAUAAAUUUUACACUAAAGUUGCGGAAAAGAAGAUCAAAUUAAAAGUUAAUUUGGAUUUUAUAGCCAAGAUCUCCAAUAUCGGUGACAUUUGUAGCGAUAAAGCUAAGCUACACAAUCCAGAUGGAUUUAUUACAUUCCAAAAAAUGGAGGAAGUACUGAAAAAGGUGCCAAAGAAUAAAAAAAUCAACGGAAUCGAUGCUCAAAAAUUUUUGUAUCAAGAAAUCAUGUCAAUUAAUCAAACGCAGACAUCAAAGAUGUCAUUUUCAAAUCUUAAUAUUUGUGGUGGAAUUGAAUUCAAAAUUCAAACUGAAUACGACAAAUUUUUUGAAGAAUCCUAUGAACAAUGGAAUAAAGAUCCUAUUAAAUCAGAUCUUGUCGAACGUGUUGAAAAUGCAGCAGCUUCCAUGGAAUCAGGUUACAAAGCAUUCCAGUUUAAAUUCGAUGCUGAUAUGAAAUCAGCCGAAGAUUUAAGAAAAACCAUUCAAACAGAUUUGAAUGCAGUGAAAUCAUUGUUUGAAGAACUUUUAAAUUCAAAACCAGCACAAGCCACUAAAAUAUUUGACAAAGUGAAACCUUUAAUACUUAGAAUAACUACACAACAAUUACAAUUAAUAGCACUUCUUAAAAAAGUCUCAGAUCUUUUACAACAGUAUAACAUAGAACGAGUAAAAUGGGCUGAUGUAAUAGUGGGGAUCCGAAAAGCGCCAACAGCGCCACGAAAGCAAUUAUUGAAAGUUUUUUAUAGACAUCUUUCAAAAGAAAUUCGGGAAGAUGCCUUAAAAUGUAUUUGUGGAACUAAUUAUAUAAAUAAAAGAUCUCCUUAAAA